AUGGCAAACGGAGGGGACCAGUUCGGCCUUGCAGAGCGUCCGGACUCGGACUGCAUGGAUUCCCCAAAAGAGACCAAACAUGAGAAUCACAACUACACCUUAAACUCACCAGCUUCCCCGCAGACCGCGUCCAGCCAGCAGGGGAUGGAGGGAAUCAAAGUUUUCCUUCAUGACAGGGAACUUUGGACGAAGUUUGAUGAAGUGGGAACUGAAAUGAUCAUCACCAAGGCUGGAAGGAGGAUGUUCCCGAGCUACAAGGUGAAGGUCACAGGACUCAACCCAAAAACCAAGUACAUCCUCCUGAUGGACAUCGUCCCCGGGGAUGACCAUCGCUACAAAUUCGCAGAUAACAAAUGGUCGAUAACAGGAAAGGCAGAGCCGGCGAUGCCCGGGAGGCUGUAUGUUCACCCGGACUCUCCCGCCACCGGGGCGCACUGGAGCCGCCAGCUCGUCUCUUUCCAGAAGCUCAAACUCACCAACAACCACCUGGACCCCUUUGGACAUAUAAUACUCAACUCCAUGCACAAGUACCAGCCUCGUCUCCACAUUGUCAAGGCGGAUGAGAAUAAUGGUUUCGGCUCAAAAAACACAGCUUUCUGCACCCACGUCUUCUCUGAGACUGCCUUCAUCGCUGUGACGUCCUACCAGAACCACAAGAUUACACAGCUGAAGAUAGAGAACAAUCCUUUUGCAAAGGGCUUCAGAGGCAGCGACGACAAUGAGUUGCAUCGCAUGGCCAAGCUACAAGGUAAGGACUUCCCUGUGGUCCCUCGCAGUACUGUCCGUCAGAGAACCUGCUCCACUGGUAGUCCGUUCAGUGGGGAGGGUCGGGGUCUGCGGGGCUCCCCUGAAGCCGUCGGGUCCCCCUACAGCUGUGAGAAUGGCUUGAACAGCAGCAGUCCCCAGGAGCUACUGAGCUCCCCCCCCCCACACUACAUCCUGCCUCAUCCUCACCUGCAGCAUGGCCAGCAGCAGCAGGUGUACCACUGCACCAAGAGGAAAGUGGAGGAGAACUGCUCUUCAGGAACCCGCCAGCAUCCGUACAAGAAACCUUUCACUGGUAGCUCACCAAGUGAGGGCGAGUCUUACUAUCACCCCUCCUCCUACCCUCCUCCUCCACCCGGUCUCUCCAACAACCCUGCCCUGGGUCUCACUGACUCCCCCUACAGCUCAGACAUGGGACAGCGUCAGGCGUGCAUGUUUGCCGGCUCAGAGCCCAGACUGGAUGAACUCAACUGUGCAUCCUGGUCAUACACCUGCCCGCUCCCUUCUGCCAUGACCCCCAUGGAACCCUACCCGCCUUACACCCCUCAUCCUCCCUACAGCUCCAGCCCUCAGGGCUCUCGACUCAGUGCUAUAGCCCACCAGAGCUCUCCGCCGCUGGGAGAACACAUCACCCACGACCCCUACCAGAGCCAGAGCUCUGGACCUCCAUCUCAGAGCUCCCAAAACAUUCACAGCAGGCAGCUCAGCCCUCCUCUCAGAGAGUAUCAUCGCUACACGCCCAACCUGUCUCCUCCUCUCUACCACACACUAGAGACACACACACACAUCAGGUGUGGAGUCCCAGAAUGGAGUGCAGCCUCUUAACUGAACCAGAGUGGACAGAGAUUCCUCGUCUCAAAUUCAAUGACCCUUCUUUCUGCUCUUCUGAAAGAUGCUGCACCGAAUACGGACUAAAUGUGAUAUUACCUUUGUAAAAUACUUGUGAAAAGUGUGAUUUUGUGCUGUGUGAAGAGGUGUCAUUGGUUAGUUAUGUUUCUCCCUCGUGCUGGAUGGAGCAGUGGAUCGUUAAAGACUUGGACAUCCACGACUCGUCAGAUGUUAAAAGAAAAAAAAAAAAAGAGCAGCACAAUCAAAGUUGUACUUUAUUGUCUUUACAUAACCCAAAGACUGGUGUCACCCAAAUGUUUGCACUGUGAGCCCUGUUAAGGCCAGACCGUUAGCAGCACUAGGCUGUUUUCCUCUCAAUGACUCCCACUCUCUCCAUUGUGAAGGAUGUAAAUUGUGACCCACUGUCAGACAGGCAGUAACAUUUACUGACCAAA